AUGACAGACCUCCUAAGCGUCCCCUCAACCUCGCGCAGCACCCCAUCCGGAACCUCUUCCCCACGCUCACCAUCAACAUCCGGCACGCACACGCCUCUCUCUGUUAGCGGCACCAUCACCCCGCUCUCAUCCCAAGUCGGCGGCCACCAGGGCGUGCAGUCCACAGCGGACGGUAGCCUCAUCAUCAAGCCCGCUCUACCGGCCGAAGCGGCGUUUUACCAGCAGUUGGCUAGUGAUGCGGGGUUGGAUGAGCUGAGGGCGUUUACGCCGAAGUUUCUGGGGACGUUGACGCUUGAGGAAAGGGCGGCUGUUGCUGUUGGGAGGGCUGAGGGGAAGGGCGAUGUGGAGGGGAAGGGUGUUAGUGAGGCGUACAAGGCUGCCGAGAAAGAUAGCCUGGUGUUGGAGAACGUGAGCCACGCCUUCGCCCGGCCCAACAUCCUCGACAUCAAACUCGGCACCGUGCUCUAUGACGAAAGCGCUACACCAGAGAAGCGCGCGCGGAUGGAGGAGACGGCGCGCAAGACGACGAGUCUCGAGACGGGCGUUCGGUUGACGGGGUUUCAGGUGUACGAUAACGCUACAGGCAAACCAGUUCCUACGGGCAAAGAAUACGGCAAAUCGAUCAAAGUAUCCGACCUGCCCGACGGCAUGCGCCGGUUCUUCCCCGUACCCUCUUCCUCCUCCACACAAGGUCUCCCCGCUUCGACGCUCCUGCCGAUCCUCGAAGGCAUCCGCGACAUCGUCGAACAGCUCCGCUAUGUCCUAUCCGAGAUCGAGCUGCGGAUGGUCGGCGGGAGCGUGUUGAUCGUGUACGAAGGCGACGCGGGGAGGGCCGAGGAGUGUGUGAAGUGGCUUGAGGAUCGCGCGGAGAAGGCCGAGAUGGGUCUUGAUGUUGACGAGGAAGAUGAUGACGAUGAAGAGGAGGAGGAGAGUGAGGGUGAGAGCGAGGGUGAGGAAGGAGGAGGAGAUGGGGUGGAGAAGCCGAAGAAAGUCGGCGCGCCGUUUGCGGUCAAGUUGAUCGAUUUCGCGCAUACGAGGCUUGUGCCGGGUGAAGGGCCGGAUGAGGGGGUGUUGCUGGGGCUGGAUACGGUGUUGAAGUUGCUUGCGGGGAGGAUUGAGGAGGUUGAGGCACUAGUUAGCGAAUGA